ACCAUUGUCUCUCUCUCUCUCUCUCUCUCAAUUGGAUCUUUCUUCUUUACCAAAUUUGCAUUAUGCACCAAGCAAUUCCGUACAGGACGUGGGUUCCAGCCGCCGUCGAUACCUCCACUGCUGGGGCGGAUGCGAGUGUCGAAAAGAUAGUGUCGAACAACGCCGUGGUGGUUUUGGCCAGACGUGGGUGUUGUAUGAGCCAUGUUUUGAAAUUGCUGUUGUUGGGCCACGGCGUGAACCCGGCCGUCUUCGCCGUCGGCGAGGAGGAGGAACCCGGUAUUGCCGGCGAGAUUGGGAAAUUAGCAGCCGCCAGUGGUGAAGAUGGGAACGACGGGAGUGUGCACUUUCCGGUGGUGUUUGUCGGCGGGAAGAUGUUUGGUGGGUUGGAAAAAGUGAUGGCAGCUCAUAUUUCCGGCGAAUUGGAGCCGGCUUUAAAAGAUGCGGGUGCUUUGUGGCUUUAAAUUAAGUUGCUUCAUUACUGAAUUCUGUAUUAAGUGCAUUAAAUUUCUGAUUUCGAAUCCUCCAAGUGGACGCAGAGCCGAAACUUCGUCACAAUUUCCC